GUAUAAAUACCUCGGAUCUGACAGGCGUCCGCACUAAGAAGUAUUCUAUGACGUUUGGGACGGAGUGAAAUUUUCGGUAACAGCUGUGUGGCGUCACUCAUUCCGUGACCGGUGCAUUUUAAUAACUGCACGGUUCCAUGUUCGUGCCGCAGAAGGUACAAAAGUGACAGCACUUUGAAUGACAUUGCAUUCCCUUUACUUUACUUGAUAUUGCCUUUGUUUGGAUUGUUCAAGACAAGUUGAUAACUUUGCUGUUGCAGUUAUGCAGCUUGAGAUCCAAGUAGCACUAAAUUUUAUUAUUUCAUAUCUAUACAAUAAGCUGCCCAGACGACGUGUAAACAUUUUUGGAGAAGAGUUGGAAAGGCUCUUAAAGAAAAAGUAUGAAGGACAUUGGUAUCCUGACAGGCCCUAUAAAGGAUCAGGAUAUAGAUGUAUACAUGUAGGAGAGAAGGUGGAACCUGUAAUUGAACAAGCUGCCAAUGAGAGUGGCUUGGACAUUGAGGACAUACGCAGAAACCUUCCUCAGGACCUCAAUGUAUGGAUAGAUCCUUCAGAAGUUUCUUAUCAAAUUGGUGAGAAAGGACAAGUAAAAGUACUUUAUGUUGAUGACAACAAUGAAAAUGGAUCAGAAUUGGAUAAGGAGAUAAAAAAUAGCUUUAACCCUGAGGCUCAGGCAUUCAUGCCAAUAACUGACCAGUCAUCCUCUGUAUCAAGCUCUCCAUCACCUCCUUUUGGAGACGACUCUACUGUAAGUCCAACAUUUAUGCCCAGAUCCAACCAGCCUAUAACCUUCACUACAGCCACGUUUGCUGCUACAAAGUUUGGAUCUACGAAAAUGAAGAACAAUGGUCGUAAUAAAAUUGCUAGAUCCUCUCCUACACAGUUUGGCUUGAAUGUCAAUAACUUGAUAAAACAGAGUGCCAUGUCUUCCUCCAUGCACUCUUUAUAUGGACUCGGUCUCACUAACCUUCAGCAGAAGACCUCUGCUCUUUCCCCAAAUGCAAAAGAGUUUAUUUUUCCAAGUCUACAAGAUCAAGCAAGAACCAGUUUAAGCUGCCCUGGUGACAACCCUCUUAACCUUGGUUCUCUACAAUAUAGUAAUGCCUUUGAUAUGUUUGCAGCAUAUGGGGGUCUCAACGAGAAAUCCUUAGUUGAUGGUUUAACUUACAGCCUGAGUAACAUGCAGUAUUCAAACCAGCAAUUCCAGCCAGUUAUGGCAAACUAGCCAGAAGCUAUAUUUGCUUACGUAUCCAAAGUAUUGUACAAGCUGAAUGCAUGAACCCAAGGGUUUUUUAUUCCUUGAGAUUUAUUUCCUCAGCUUGUAGCCUGUAUACAUUCAAAGUUGGUUGCAUAAGCACAUGCAAUUAUUUUUGUUUUUGGAACGAAGUGCAAAGCUGUUGUGUUCACUACAUUUUAAAGAAUAUGAUCUUACAGUAUUUAGAAUCCACAUUUUUUUUAUAAGCUUUGAAGUUUUUUUUCUAAAUUGGGAAAUACUUGCGUUUGGGAGAUGAGAAAAAUAUAUAUAUAUACACAUUUCAAUAUUUUUACCUUGGUCCGUGAUUACUUUAUGUAGUUUUUUUCCUAAAAUAAAGUAAUCUUUUUUUUUUGUGAAAUGUUUAAAAAGAAAAAAAAAAAGAAAUCAGACUAUUCCUCAUUGUAAAACUAAUAUUUGGGGAUAUCUGUAUUUUCAGAGUUGUAUUUUCUGUUACAAAUUUAAGAUUUUUGCUAUAAAAUUGAUAUGUAAUUGUAACUUUUGUAUCUAAAUUGUGCAAUACUUGAUAAAAUGUUAAAGUAUAUUAAGGCAGUGUCUUACACGUUAAGAGCUGAAAUAGUUUAUAUAUUUAGUUUGUAUUAAAAUUUUAUUUUAAAUUACGUUAAUUUGAAUGUACUUAUUUCAUUUCUGACAGGCGUUUGUUUUGCAUUGACCAUAAUUUAGAGUCUGAAAAGCUAAGCACUUCAAUAUAUGCUCUAGUUUAAAUGUAAGCUACUUUCCACAGUGGUUAUAAUUUAUAAUUUUAUAUAAGAUAGUGAAGCAUUGUUUUCAAUUGUAUGAAGUACAACUAUUUUCACUUUAUUAAAGGUUUUUCACAAACGAA